AUGUAUGUAUCAUCCUUCCCCAUCGCUAAAUUGCCUCACGCAUGCACACAGCAUGUCCUAGUGCAUACAGCUCGAGGGGUUUUUGCCGUUGGCCGCUUGUUGAUCUUUGUUGAUAUCUUUAUAAAACCCAGUCCGUUCUUUCCCUCGUCGAUAUUCCAAUCCCCAUCACAUUUAAAUAUAUCACUCCGGAGUCCACUCGAUCGUUCCUCCUGCCUCCAUAGAUGCUUUCGACCAUUCUCUCAAGCCUACGGAAGCUCCCCUCGCCUCGUCCCUCCAGGCUGCUGCCAUUACUUGCGCAGGACCCAUAAUAUCUUUAGAAACUUCGCCAUCUGCUCCGCCUGGCCAUCAUCAGGAUCUUUGACAUAG